GUUUUCAGCUGCUGUUCCCAGUGCGCAUGAGCGUCACCUUACACGUGCGGUAAACGUUUGGACGCGCUGCAUGUAACGCAGCACUGAGAGUUCGUAGUGCUACAAAAUAUUACUUAAAAAAAACAAAAACAUAUCUUGUGUCUCGUUUGCCUUUCACACCUAGGUGAAAGAAAUAAUCCUCCGUGAAGCAUUUCGCCGAGAGGGCCGGAAUACCAGAAAAACAACUCAUAAUGUCUGAACCCCAAGUGAACCCAAAGGCCUACCCGCUGGCCGACGCCACGCUGACCAAAACCAUCCUGGACCUGGUGCAGCAAGCCUCUAACUACAAGCAGCUAAGGAAGGGGGCCAACGAAGCCACUAAAACCCUGAACAGAGGCAUCGCUGAGUUCAUUGUGAUGGCUGCUGAUGCUGAACCACUGGAGAUCAUCCUCCACCUGCCACUGCUCUGCGAGGACAAGAACGUCCCGUACGUGUUUGUCCGCUCAAAGCAGGCCCUGGGCCGGGCCUGUGGGGUGUCGCGCCCCGUCAUUGCUACCUCGGUCACCAUAAAGGAGGGGUCUCAGCUCAAACCGCAGAUUCAGUCUGUUCAAAUGGCUAUUGAGAGACUGCUCGUGUGAGUUUUGUUGCACUGUUGUGACAGUACCCUGAUGGAAGGGGAAGAUGAAUUCCUGUUUGAAAAUACUCCUGUUUUCUGUUUGAUUUAAAAAAAAAAAAAACUGUUGUUAUGCAUGGAAAGGAAAUAUAGCUGUUGUUUUAUUUUUUUGGACAUUGCGUCCACAUCAGUGUAUCAGUUCGCAACGGCAUCACCUGAUUCAUAAUAAAAUCAUUUUUUAUUU